AUGUCGGCUGCUCUGGCAGCACGUCGACGGAAAACACAACCACAAAACCUCAAGUUACGUCGCCUUACACAAGCGUAUCUUACUCCAUAUCAACAUGUGAAACCUCAUCAGAUCACUACCGAGUCAAAAAUCGACCAUAUCUAUGCAAUCACGCAGAAUUUGAUUUUGGAUUACCAGAGCGUUACAACUGGUUUGUUCCCUCGAUACUCCCGAGAUCGAGAUAUUGGCUAUGUGAAAGACAGCAUUUACUGCGCAUUAGCUUGUUGGGCUUGUUCGAUUGCUUACAAGCGGCUAGACGAUGAACGUGGACGUCAAACUGAACUUCGUCAAACUGCCGUGAAAACGAUGCGUGGCAUUUUGUUUUGUUGGAUGCAGCAAAGUGGAAAGCUAAAUGCUUUCAAGUCGAAUAUUUCCGCCGAGAAUUCACUUCAUGCUCGGUUUGACCUUCAUUCUGGAAUGACGUUGAAUCGCCCUCAUGAGCAGCAAUACGGUCAUAUGCAAAUGGAUCUGGUUGCACUGUAUCUGCUCGCGCUAACUGAAAUGAUAGCAAGUGGUGCCAAAGUCAUCUACACUCAUCAUGAGGUCAAUUUCAUACAAAACCUUGUAUUCUACAUCGAGAGAACGUACCGCACUCCUGAUUUUGGUAUGUGGGAAAGGGGUACCCGUUACAACAAUGGUAGACCUGAACUUCACGCCAGCAGUCUCGGCAUGGUUAAAGCUGCACUUGAAGCGAUAAAUGGAUUCAAUCUAUAUGGUACAACAGGAAAUAGUGCAUCCGUAAUUUACGUGGAUAUUGACGGCCACAACAGGAACCGAACAACGUUUGAGACGAUAUUACCUAGAGAAAGCAAUUCAAAAAACACCGAUGCCGCGCUACUCAUGACAGUUGGUUGGCCAGCAUUUGCCUCUCAUGAUGAAUCCCUGAUUGAGAAAACAAUGUCAAAAUGCAUACGUCGAUUGGAAGGGAAAUUUGGCGUGCGGAGAUUUCUCCGGGACGGAUAUCGUUGCGAACUAGAAGAUCACACUAGAGCGUACUACGAGGAACACGAAACAUCGCGAUUUGAUGGCAUAGAAUGUCAAUUUCCCAUGUUCUUCGUGUAUAUGAGCCUCACAGCCUAUUUCCGAGGAGAUCAGGCGCACGCGGACAAGUAUUUUGAUAAGCUUCAAGGUUUGCUGGUCAACGAUGAUAAUAUUCCUGGUGGACUUAUCGUCCCAGAGUGUUACUGCGUCGAUGAGUGCUACAUGGACCGCGAACGCGCAAAGCCGAAUUCCACCGAACUUUACCCCGUUAGCCCCCAAGAAUUUGGUCAUCAUUUGUGGAGCAACUCUGUGUAUAUUAUUCUGUUGCUCGUUCGAGAUGGUCUAAUUCAUAAAGGUGACCUUGAUCCUAUCAACCGCCAUCUACCUGCUUCACAGCGUCCCAUGCAAUUCAAUAGGCAUUCGGAGUUCCAGGGUAGCAUGGAAGGCGAUCCGGUGGUUCAAAUUGCCCUAAUUGCUGAAUCAGGGCAUCUUCAAAUGAAGUUGUCUACUUAUGGAAUCAGCUGUCAGACACCACGUGAAGUGGAACCGGUCCAGAUAUGGCCCAGCUGGAGGAUGGUUAAGCUGUUCGAAUGCCUUGGGAGAGAUGAGAAGUUAGGCCUCAGCGGAAGGCCACCACGACCAUUCGGGCCACUCAGCACCUCCAAGGUUUUCCGAGUGUUUGGUGACACCGUGCUGUGCUAUCCGUUGCUGUUCGAAGUGAAGGAUUUCUACGUCAGCUCCGAUCCUGCGGUGUUGAUCGACGAUAUUAAGCGUGAUAUUGAGUUCGUGUCACGGCGUUGGAAGCUAGCAGGACGACCAACCAUGUGCCUCUUGCUGAGAGAGGAAAAUGUUAUUGGCGAGUAUUUCGAUCAUAUACUGGAUCUCCUCGUUCAGCUAAAAAACGGUCACGUCAACGGCAUACGUGUGCGCAUGGGUAGAGUCCAUCAAUUGCUAAACACUGGUUGCAUAGAGCACAUUGAUUUUGCUAAUUCUGAUGAUGUUGAGUUUGACAUUGAUGUAUUGGAAGAAACGGAGGAUAGUAAUCAGCUUCUCUCAAAAAUGAGCCUCCGCGAUGGGAUGGAUGAUGAUGCCACAAUUGAGAAAGAAGUACAAUGUCGUAGCGAUGACGAACUCAUCGAAAUCAUUCGAAAAGAUGAUGUUGAUAAGCCAAGACAACUAGCUUUUGCCCUCGCUGCAAUGUGGAUGAGACGAUAUCCGGAUUGGGAAAUAGAUGGAUAUUCUGUACGUGCACGCAUGGAACGAAUUUACCGUAAAGCUUGUCAACUUCGUCUCUGGUGGCUGGUACGAUAUUGUGCGGGCAGACUUCGUAAAGCUAUGAAUAGCUUAGCACCAGCAAUUACCAACAUGCUUGUCAGAGGAAAGCAGGUCACCUUGGGAGUUCGAGGCGUGCGUGAAGAAGUAAUUCGUCGUCCAAUAUCCCCCGGAAAACUUGUAGAUCUGCUGUUUGCAUGCUGUCCACAGCAGCAACCACAUGUUGCAGUGAUCCAUCAAGAGUUGAUAAUAGCCUGUUCGGAUUUGAUGAGUCAUUCUCCGUCAGCAUUCGAUGGUGUGCUCACAAUUCGUCUUUCAUGGCUUGCAGAUGCAAUCACGUUGUUACUGAAUUACGUUCGAGCGACGGGAUCCACAAGAAAUCCGGGCAAAAUGAUGACGCCAGCAACGCAGAGUACAACUGGCAUACCAGCUGAAUACUCAUUCGCGGGACUUUUAUCGAGUCGACGAAAAUCUUCUCAUGCUAUUCUUGAAUUCAAGAAAAACUGUAUCUAUGACCUCUCGCCUACGAUUGUCAAAGAUGUGGUAGCAGCACUGAUGACUAGAAAGAAUUGGCAUCUUUUAACUCCACUUCAAACGCGUCGCUUGAAUGGUGCACUCAAUCGUAUGCCCGUCAACUUCUAUGACCGUGUUUGGACAAUUCUGGAAAGGUCCAGGGAUGGAAUCGUAAUUGCGUCACAGUUUCUGCCACAGCAACCUACGCUUAGUGAUAUGACGGAGUUUGAACUGACGUUCUCGUACAAAAUCGAGGAGAUGCUCAGUCGUAUCGCUCAUCCGGAGUACCGUCAGCUACUUGUUGAACUUCUGUCGGUGGUCGCCACAAUUUUGGAACGCAACCCAGAAGUGUCUUUCAUGUCGGGACCUAUCGAUUGUGACGUACUGAUCAAAAAGGCGUUUUAUAUCUAUGCUGAUCAAGAGAAUAUCUCAAACAAGGAAGAUCUCACUCCCUUUUAUCAGCUGGAAAAUAUUUCCGCACUGACGUCCACAGCUACCUAUUUGACAAAGGCUGUUGUCGAUUACAUUCUUAACGGACGUCAUUUCUCAAACCCCGUAAACAUAUUUGACUCUGAGCGUCCAAUGGAGCGAGAUGAAUACGUAAAUAUUCGUAUUGGUAGAAGAGACUCAAGUCGAAUGAAGAAGAGUUUGUCGUCAUCAAUGAUGGAAUGA